AUGCUACCCAUAGAAAAGGCAAUAGCACCUUCGCACAGCUUGUUGAUUGAGCAUUUAGAAAUCCUUCCACCAUCAAAAUUGCGCGGAAUUUUAGAAUGUUACGGCAUUGUUGAUAAUAUUGCUUCGUAUCGUCUUAAUGGUGGCUUGGGCUACCUGAGUAUUGCUCAGCAUCGCGAAACUGCGAUUAGAGAGCUAUGUUAUGCAUCUCUGAGGUCCCUUUCAUCGUUACCUGAUUCUCCUAUCCAGAGGAUUGCUUGGGUUCACGAGGAAGAUGCAAUGUCAUUCUCCUGCAAAUCAUACAUAAGGCCACUUUGUGCAGCAAAGCAGGACAACGAGCGUAACACAGAGUGGAUUUAUCUUGUGCUGUACCUCUCAGAUAUCCCUGAUCUCGUUCGUACAGGCUUUGUGGCAUCCAUCAAGGAAAAAAAGGAUGCUAUUGACAUAUUCGUCGACAGGGUCAGCGGUGGGCGGUGCUUUCUGAGAUAUCCCACAGUGGAAGUCGCGGAAGAAGCACGUUCCAACUUUAUUUGCCUCCAUCCGGAGCUUAGCAAAAGAAUUCAUUAUUCCGAUGAAUCUAGUGUUUUACUGGCCAGGAGAAAUGCAUCACGACAGACAAAUUAA